AUUUUGCUCUGGAUCUUCAGCUCGUUUGAGCGCGCGCGCACGCAAAGCACUUGCACCUGGCCCCUUGACGCAACUCGCGGCGUUGGUGUUUCUCUCCGCUGAUACUUGAACCCAAACAUACAUUGUACCUACUAGUGCACGCCAAUUUGGAAAUCGGCUUGGCGUAAUGGCAAUUGCCGCGCUGACUCCUUCGCGUGCGUCGCUCCAGCAAGCAGUAGUAUCACCAUACGCGGCGCAAAGAUGCCCAAUUGCACGUAUGGCGCUGAGGCGCGCGUCGGCCUUCCCCGGGCCGCAUCCGAGCGGCCGGUUUCUGACGCCGCUGCAGUCUGCAUCGGCCAAUGCGUCCAGUCUAGUGAUUGAGUUGCAACCGCAAUUCAAGCAGGAGGCAUCGGAGGCAGAUGUCGUCGUGGAGACUGGCGCAGUGCUUGCACCCAGCGCAGAGCCCGCGACAUCCGCGCCAGCGCCCAGCGAGUCGUCUCAGCAGCCGGGGGCGGCAGCACAACCCUCAGUUGCAGUUCCGUUUGAAACGGACAAGAAGAAGCUGUGGCUGGCUGCCAUCAAGCCCCCGAUGUACUCGGUGGGCUUCAUGCCCGUGCUGGUCGCCGCCGCCGCCGCAUUCUACGUGCACGGCUGCCUGCCCUGGGGCCGCGUGGGUGGCCUGGUGACCGCAGCCAUCCUGGUCAUCGCCUGGCUUAACCUCAGCAACGACGGCUUUGACUCGCUCACGGGCGUGGACGCCGCCGGCGCAAAGCCCGAGUCCGUGGUCAACCUGCUAGGCGGCGGCGCCGCCGGCCGCGCCGCCGUCCUGCUGGUCGCCAAGACGUCGCUGCUGGCGGGCGUGCUGCUGCUGGGCCGCUGCAUUGGCGCCGCGCCCGGAGGCGACCCGCGGCCGUCGGCGCUGCUGGCGUUCAGCAUCGUGUGCGGCUAUGUGUACCAGGGGCCGCCCUUCCGGCUGUCGUACAAGGGCCUGGGCGAGCCCCUGUGCUUCGCCGCAUUCGGCCCCUCCGCCACCACCGCCUUCUUCCUGGCGCUGCAGCCCGACGGCGCCGCCGCCGCCGCCGCCGCCGCCGCGGCGGCGGCGGCGGCGUCUUCCGCCGCUGCCGCGGCGGCUGCCGCUGCCGCGGCGGCUGGCGCCGGCGCCGGCGGCUUCGCCGCCGGUGUGGCGGCGCUGACCGCCGGCGUGCCGCCGGCAGUGGGCGCGUGCGCGCUGCUGGUGGGUGCCACCACCACCGUCAUCCUGUUCUGUUCGCACUUUCACCAGAUAGCGGGCGACGUCGCCGCCGGCAAGCGGUCACCGCUGGUGCGGCUCGGGACGGACCGGGCGCGGCACGUGCUGCGCGCCGCCGCCGUCGCCACCCACGCCGGCGCGUUCGUGGCGGCAGCGGUGGGCGCGCUGCCGUGGCCUGCCGCGGUGGCGACGUUGCUGGCGUCGCCGGCGGCGCGGGCGAUGGUGGCGUUUGCAGAUGAGAACCACACCGUGCCUGUGAAGGUCGCGCCACUCAAGCGGUUUGCGGUGAAGUGGCACGUCCUGUUUGGGCUAUGCCUGUGCGCGGGGCUUGCGGCGGCACGCGCGCUGGCGACGGGCGGCGUGUGAGUGGCUGCCGCGGUGGGUUUGCGUGGCAGAGCUUAGAGUUUUGUUGGGGAGGAGGGCUUGAUAGGCAGGAGGGCUCAAAGCGACGUGGUGUGUUCGAGAGGACCACAGAAGCGAACGAAACUCGUUGCGGCAAAUGAGGGACGUGGCGAUUUUCUCAGCCCGGAAAGAAUGCUGGCAAUUUCGAUUGCGUGCAAUCGUGCAUGUGUAUGUUUGCAUGCAUCCAGCCGGCCGAUUGACUGCCCAACUCAACACGGCGUCUGCGGGGCAGGGGGGCUGCAUCCCUGCGCUGCGGGGCGGGCAGGGAUGAGCGGGCGCAGGCACCGGCUACUGGCGGCAGCAGCAGGAUGGCAGAUGCUCCUUUCCUAUGAACUUGAGAGGAGCGGUGUAAUAGUAAAUGUGU